CUGUCUGAGCAGGAACAACAGCUUGACACACAGAGCGAUAGAAAACUGAUGUUUCCUGACGCAGCUCUGAGGUCAGAUGUUUCCAGGUCUCAGGUCGACUCGCUGACCUGAGCCGGUGUCGAGUGGGAGGACGUGAUGGAGCCAUCGGGGGUCGGACACAGGGGAGAGACUCCUCCUCCUCCUGCUCCAUCUCUCUCUCUUUUGUCUCCCCUCAAUGAACUCAACACAGGCGACACUAACACUCCCUCCCACAGAAGAACAGGUCUCCAGCAUAUUUACUCCUGGGGGGUUAUCGUCUGGUCUCUGUUUUAUUGACUCUGGAGAGUUUGUCCCCUGAGAAUCCAGGUUCAGUGAAAUCUCUGAAACGACACUUUCAACCAACGUGAAGACUUUGAGGAUACCGUAAUGCAGUUCAGUGCACAUGUAGGUUGUUGUUAUUGACCGUGAGAAGACAUUGUGAAAAGACAACAUUGCCGAUUUGGUAAAGGACCGAAAUAAGGACUAGGUUUGAAAAUUCAGAAGAAGCCCCAGGAGCACGCUGAACUACAGCAAAUAUGAUGUUGAUAUUUCUUGGAUGGGCGUGGAAAACUAUCUUUCAAAUAAGUUGUCGAUUACACCAUCAAUUAUUAACUAAACAAACAGGGAGGAGGAGCCUGAGAACAGGGAAGUGACUCCAUUUUCACUUGGAUGAGCAGAAGGAAGGAAAGUGAGCAGACUUGUUUGUCCUGAUUCCUUUGAGCUCACAGUGUUUUUCCUCUCAGACUGAAGAUGAGUGGUUAUGAGGAGGAAGAGAAGGAAAGAGCAGAGUCUCCAGUGUUCAGCUGUGUGUCUAUGAAGAGUUACCAGUCCAUGGAUCAUCCCAACAACUUCAGUAAUGAACCUGGACCCUCACACACAGAGGAGAGGAAGAGGAGUCAUGUUUCUGAGGAGGAGCAGUCGUCCUGCUGUGCUUCGUGUCAGGACGUCCUGAAGGAUCCAGUCUCCACCAGCUGUGGACACUGGUUCUGCAGACAGUGCAUCACCUCAUACUGGGACCAGUCUGGUUCUUCAGGAGACUCCUCCUGUCCCCAGUGUGGACAAAGAUCCAGAACAGGAGCUGGAGGUCAGACAGCCGCAGAUCGUGGUCUGCAGGAGGUUUCAGAUGAACAUAUGCUCAGUCUGAGGAGGAGAUGUGAACAUGUGACUGAAGGAACUGAUGAAACAGGAAGUAGAACCCUCCUCAACAGGAUCUUCACUGAGCUCUACAUCACAGAGGGACAGAGUGAAGAGGUUAAUACUCAACAUGAGGUGAGGCAGCUUGAGACAGCUUCCAAGAAGAAGAUCCUCCACGACACUCCCAUCAAGGUCCACGACAUCUUUAAAGCCUCCACUGACCAGCAGAGCAGCAUCAGAGUCGUCCUGACCAACGGCGUCGCUGGCGUUGGAAAAACCUUCUCGGUGCAGAAGUUCACUCUGGACUGGGCAGAGGGUUUAGAGAACCAGGAUGUGGGUCUGCUGGCUGUGCUUUCGUUCAGGGAGCUGAACCUGGUGAAGGACCAGAAGCACAGUCUUCUCACGCUGCUCCAUGUUUUCCAUCCAGCGUUACAGAAGCUCACUGCAGAGACGCUCGCUGUCUGUAAACCUUUGUUCAUCUUGGACGGCCUGGAUGAAAGCAGACUUUCUCUGGACUUCAACCACAGGAAGCUUGUGUCUGAGGUCACACAGAGGUCAUCAGUCAACGUGCUGCUGACAAACCUCAUCCGGGGGAAUCUGCUUCCCUCGGCUCUCGUCUGGAUAACCUCCAGACCUGCGGCGGCCAAUCAGAUCCCUCCUGCAUGUGUUGACAGGGUCACAGAAGUACGAGGCUUCACUGACUCCCAGAAGGAGGAGUACUUCAGGAGGAGAUUCAGUGAUGAAGAGCUGAGCAGCAGAAUCAUCUCACACAUCAAGACGUCCAGGAGCCUCCACAUCAUGUGUCAAAUCCCAGUCUUCUGCUGGAUCAGUGCUACAGUUCUGGAGCACAUGUUGACCACAGACCAGAGAGGAGAGCUGCCCAAGACCCUGACUGACCUGUACUCACACUUCCUGCUGGUUCAGACAAAGAGGAAGAACAAGAAGUACGGUGAGGGACAUGAGACGAGUCCACAGCAGCUGACAGAGGCUGACAGGGACCUUCUCCUGAAGCUGGGGAGGCUGGCGUUUAAACAUCUGAGGAAAGGAAACAUCAUGUUCUACCAAGAAGACCUGGAGCGGUGUGGUCUUAAUGUCACAGAGGCCUCAGUGUACUCAGGAGUUUGUACUGAGAUCUUCAGAAGAGAGUGUGUGAUCUUCCAGAAAUCAGUCUACUGCUUUGUUCAUCUGAGCGUUCAGGAGUUUCUGGCUGCAGUCUACAUGUUCCACUGUUACACCAAGAGGAACACAGAAGAACUCAACAACUUAUUGGGAACAUAUGGGAACACAGACACCUUCUCCCUGGAUGACCUCCUGAAGAGAACCAUGGAGAAAUCACUCACCAGUACAAAUGGUCAUCUGGACCUGUUUGUUCGCUUCCUUCACGGCCUCAGUCUGGAGUCCAACCAGAGAGUCUUAGGAGGCCGGCUGGGUCGGACAGGGAACAAUCCAAAUAUCAUCCAGAGAGUCAUCACCAAACUGAAGAGGUUGAAGAGUGAAGACAUUUCUCCUGACAGAAGCAUCAACAUCUUCCACUGUCUGACUGAGAUGAACGACCACUCAGUUCAUCAGCAGAUGCAACAGUUCCUGAAGUCAGGGAACAGAUCACAGGAGGAACUCUCUGAGAUCCACUGCUCAGCUCUGGCCUACAUGCUGCAGAUGUCAGAGGAGGUUCUGGAUGAGUUGGACUUGAAGAAGUUCAAAACAUCAAAACAGGGUCGACGGAGACUGAUCCCAGCUGUGAGGAACUGCAGGAAGGCUGAGUGAGUCCAGACAUGAUCAAUAACAUGUUCAAUCAGUGGAGAUGAGUCGUUCUUCAAAUACACUCAGUGUUAAAUGAUUCUCAUUGUUUUGGGCAGCAUGGUGUUGCAGUGGUCAACACUGUUAGUGCAGCCUUUUUGUGAGGAGGAGGUCCUCCUGGUGUCUGCAGGGUUUUUUCUGGGUUCUCCAGCUUCCUCCACAAACCCAAAGACAUGUAGAUCAGAGUGAGUUUGAU